AUGAACCAAUAAGAUAAUAAUAAUUAAUCGCAAGAUCUAAAUAAAGUUUUAUUAGAAAUAAGCUCAGGUAAUUAAAUAAGUCCAAGUCAUGCUUCAUUAAAUAAAGAUACAGUUAACUUCUAAGAAAGCAAAGACCAAAUCGAAAUUUUAGACUACAAUUAAUACAUAUAUAAUGACUCUGAAUAAACUCCUGCAGGCGAAAAACUCGAUAAAUAAUUCCAAUAGGCAAUUAUUUAACGAAAAUCUUAAGCUUUUCGUAGUAAAUCGCUAUAUUAAACCAUAUUAUGUAAGCUUUAGUAAAAAUUGGACGUAAAUUGGGAAGAAAAAUAAUAGUAAAGAUAAUUAAAAAUAUUAGAAGAUAAUACUUAAUACAAAAAUAAUCAAAUCAAAACCAGUAGAUAUAAUAUUGUAACUUUUUUACCCUUAAAUAUGUUUCAAUAAUUUUCUAAAAUUUCGAAUAUAUACUUCUUAUUAAUGGGUAUGCUAUAAUUAAUUCCCCAAAUCUCAAAUACUUAUCAAGUUCCUACAGUUUAUCUUCCUUUAGCUUUUGUUAUUAUUGUAGCUGCUUUAAAAGAUAUUUGCGAAGAUUUAAAAAGACAUAAAUAGGAUAAUUUAGAAAAUUAAUAAAAAUGUUAAAAAGUAAAUUAUUAAAGAAUGAAUUUAGAAGAGAUUUCUAGUGAGAAAUUGUAUGCAGGUAAUAUUGUUAAAAUUAAAUAAAAUUAGCCAAUUCCGGCUGAUUUAGUAAUUAUCUUAACUUCAGAUUAAAAAGGAGGCUGUUUUGUGGAAACUAAAAAUUUAGAUGGAGAAACUAAUUUAAAACCAAAAUAUAUAUAAAAAUAAAUACAACAAAAAAUUUAUUAAAAUUAAGAAUAAGUAUUUUAAAAAAAAAUCCUAAUAAAUUAUGAAGGACCUAAUCCUUUAUUAUAUAAAUUUUCUGGAAACCUAGAAUUAAUACGAGAUGAUUAAAAAAUCUAGUAAUGUAUAAGUUUGGACGAAAAAAAUCUAUUAUUAAGAGGUUGUAUAUUAAGGAAUACUAAAUGGAUAUACGGAGUAGUUAUAUAUACAGGUCAUGAGACUAAAAUAAUGCUAAAUUCUUACACACCAGAUGUAAAAUAUAGUAGGGUAGAAAACUAAUUAAUCCAUUUGAUCUUAAUAGUCUGGUUUUUUUAAAUUUUUUUAUGUGCCUUAGCCUCUUUAGGCAAUUUUGUAUUCUAUUAAACCUCAAAAUAUUAGCUUAAUUAUCUAUCUAUAUCCUCAAAUAGCUAUGAAAACAACAUUUUUUUAAAUCUAACAAUAAACUUUGGCAAUUGGAUGAUUCUUUUGUUAAACUUUGUACCCAUAUCGCUUUUAAUAUCAUUAGAAAUGGUUCGUUUUUUUUAAGCAAUGCUAAUUUCAGGCGAAAAACUCAUGAAAAGCUCCAACGGAUUCUACCCAACUGUCUAAUCUUCAAACUUAAACGAAGAUUUAGGCCAAAUUCAGUGCAUUUUUUCAGAUAAAACAGGCACUUUGACUUGCAAUAUAAUGAAUUUCAAAUAUUUGUAUUUAAAUGGAGUUAGUUAUGGAAGUUCAUAAGACUCCUCAAAAAAUGUAAAAAACGAAAACCGAAUAAUAGAAAACGUAAAUUUUGAAGAUUCUUGCUUUUUUGAUAUUUUAGAAAAUCCCUAAAAUGAAAAACAAAAAGAUGUAUUUUUCGCUUUAAAACAUUUAUCUUUAUGUCAUUCAGUUAUUUGUUCUGAAACAUAAUUAGACGAAAGUAAUGAUCCCUUAAAAAAAUAAAUUGAAUAUCAAGCUUCUUCCCCUGAUGAUCUCGCACUUGUAAAUUUCGCUAAAUUUUCAGGUUUUGAAUAUACAGGAAUUGAUAAUUAAGAUAUAAUUUCUAUAAAAAAACAUUAAGAAAGGUACUUUGAUUUAAAUUUCGAUAAAAAUAAUAACUAAAAAAAUGAACAAAUUUUAAAUUACAAACUCCUUCAUCUUUUCGAAUUUACAAGCGAGAGAAAAAGAAUGUCUGUAAUAAUAUAAGAUCUAUAGACUAAUUAAAUAAUUUUGCUUUCGAAAGGCGCAGAUUCUAUCAUUUUAAAACGACUAAAUUAAAAAAUCUACACUUAAACAGAAAAAGGAAAAACUUAAAUAGAAUAACUAGAAAACUAACUAUAAUAAUACGCUAUUACAGGCUUAAGGACAUUAGUUUUGGCCUCGAAAUAAUUAACAUAAUCCGAAUAUGAAAAAUGGGAUAUUAAAUAUUAAUAAGCAUCAGUUUCAUUAUAUAAUAGAGAAGAAAAACUUAAAAAUUUAAUGGAUAAAAUGGAAUAGGACUUAGAAUUAGUGGCUGCUACAGCUAUAGAAGAUAAGCUUUAGGAUUAAGUAGAAGAUACAAUAUAUGUAUUGAAGAAAGCCGGAAUCUUAUUCUGGGUAUUGACAGGUGAUAAGAAAGAAACUGCCAUAAACAUUGGUCGAUCAACUAAAGUAAUAGAUUAAAGCGAUGUAAUAUUAGAAAUAGAUAUAAGCGAAGAAUAAAUGUUAAGCGAUAAACUAAACGAACAUUUAUAAAGAAUAGAAACAAACAAAAAUCAAAACAAUAACAAAAAUAAGUACUAAUAAAAGCAAUUUUGCUUAGUCAUUACAGGAGAAUCGCUUUCUGUUAUAAUCUGUAAUUAAAAACUUGAAGACCUUCUAAUUUCUGUUGGAUCUUAAUGCAGGAGUGUUAUAGCCUGUAGAGUUUCCCCAAAAUAGAAAAAAGAUAUAGUAACUUUAUAUAAAAAUUCCAAAUAAGGUAAAGGAAAAAGAACACUAGCUAUAGGAGAUGGAGCUAACGAUGUUAAUAUGAUUACUGAAGCACAUGUAGGUGUAGGAAUUAAGGGCUUAGAGGGUAUGUAGGCGGCUAGGUCAAGUGACUAUGCUAUAGGAGAAUUUAAAUUACUAAAAAGAUUACUUUUAUAUCAUGGAAGGGAAUGUUAUAGGAGAAACUCAAUUACUAUUCUUUAUAAUUUUUAUAAAAAUGUCAUGUCUUUGACUCCUAUGUUAUUUUUGGGAUUUAAUUCUGGUUUUUCUGCUUCUAAUAUAUAUGAUAUUUACGUAUUUUAAUUUUAUAAUGCUAGUUUUACUGCUUUUCCUAUAAUUUUCUAUGCAGCCUCAGAUUAAAAUUUAUCUUCUAAAAUACUCGUUAAAAGUCCCCAUUUGUACCAAACAGGCAUUGAAAAUAUAUUUAUGAAUAAAAAAGAGUUUUUUAUUUGGUUUUUUUAAGGAUUUUAUCAUUCCUGUAUAAUAUAUUUUGUUUCUAUGUAUUCUUUAGAUUGUAGUUUCGAUAAAAACGGAAGAAAACCAGAUAUUGUUUUUAUUGGCUAAACAAUAUUUUUAUUAACAAUUAUUAUAGCAAAUAUGAAAGUAACGAUACAUACAUAUACUAAUUAUGUUUUUGGAUAUAUCAUUUAAAUUUUGAGUUUUGUCUCUUAUUUAUGUUUUGCUAUUUUCCUUAAUUUUACCUUUGAAUCUUAUGAUUUAUAUAAUAUUUUCUCAAGGAUUAUUGUUUACCCUUAUUUCUAUUUUAGUAUUAUUAUUUGUAUUUCAGCAACUAUAUUUUUUGAUUUCUCCUUUUUUACUUAUAAAGAUUUCCUUUAUUAUAUGAAAAUCUCAGACAGUUUUCGAGAAAGAGCUGAUGAAAUUGCUUAAGAAUUUAAAAAUGAUGAAAAUAGUAAUUAUAGUGUUUUAUUUUAGGAAAACCCGAAUGUCUAUUAAGUUAGAUAAACAUUGCAUUAAGAAUUUACAGAAAAUGAUUUAAAAAAUUAAAAAUGAUGUUUAUAUUUAUUUUAUAAAUAAGAAUCAUAUUUACUAAAUAUUUAUUUAAAUU